AUGACUAUAUUUGGUUUCAUUCCCACCCCCCAAGUUACAAGGGGAGGAGUGACCGAGUGCACACUACAGGAGAAAGGUAGAGAAUUGAGACGCACUGCAUAUCCUUCCAAAAUGACAGAGCCAACUAUAUACCACUCAGUAAAUACUCAGGUCAUGCAAUCACAUGAAAACUCUGAUAGCGACACGAGCCAACAAACAGAGUACAGCCUGCUGCAAGUGAACGGGGCAUGGAACAGACAGACUGGUGGACAGUCUCAGAAGGAGGGACGGUUAUCAGCUGCUAAAAUGUGAGUAGGUUAUACUUUGCAUUUACAUUUUGUAUUUUUCUUGUGGAAAGAUUUAGCACAUCUCAUAAGCAUGACAGAUCACCUUGCUGAAUGGCAGUGUAAAAAAAAAGGGGGGAGUAUACUUCUGGUUCCAAAUCCUAGGAAUCAAAUGAGUUACUUUUGAUUAAUGUUUAUUUUAACUAUAUAUAUUAUUUUAGAACAGGGAAGAUGUUUCAUAUUUGUUGACUCAAUGUGAGUCAGCAGUCCUUUUCAUAAAUGGCUCGGUGAACUGGAAGACACGGGAUAUCUUUCUAUUUUGGGCACAGCUGACAUUUCAGCUUGUUUAACCGUCAGUGUAGAGUAGACCACCAGUGGAAAAGUUGUUUAACAGUUUGUAAUUUUAUCUGUACACCUUUACUUUGCAUCCCAACUAGCCUACUGGGAGCCAUUGUUCUUGUUGACAGUGUAAUUGUCAUAAUAUUGUGUGUAUUAAAAAUGUUAGAUGUUAAGUGUGUAUUUAUAGAAAGGUUAGUGGUCAUACGCACAUCAUUAACUUAGGUGCUGGGCUAAUAAAGAAUACUUGUAAAGAACAGGAAGGCCCGCACACUGUUUAUGCCCCCAAUUCACUGCUUUAUUAACAACCAUCUUCGUCAGGUCAAACAGACAGUGCUCACAUCCCAAAAUAUACACAUUUCACCUCACAUGACCAUGGUGGGUGUGGAAACAAUUCAAUUCACUUUUGCGCAUAGUCAAUCAUAAUCACAGAGGUACAUAUAGACAUAAAUUAUUAUAUACACUACCAGUCAAAAGUUUGGACACACCUACUCAUUCAAGGGUUUUUCUUUCUUUUUACUAUGUUCUACAAUGUAGAAUAAUAGUGAAGACAUCAAAACUAUGAAAUAACAGAUAUGGAAUCAUGUAGUAACUAAAAAGUGUUAAACAAAUCAAAAUAUAUUUUAUAUUUGAGAUUCUUCAAAUAGCCACCCUUUGCCUUGAUGACAGCUUUGCACACUAUUGGCAUUCUCUCAACCAGCUUCAUGAGGUAGUCACCUGGAAUGCAUUUCAAUUAACAGGUGUGCCUUCUUAAAACAUAAUUUCUGGAAUGUCUUUCCUUCUUAAUGCAUUUGAGCCAAUCAGUUGUGUUGUUACAAGGUAGGGGGGUAUACAGAAGUUAGCCCUAUUUGGUAAAAGACCAAGUCCAUAUUAUGGCAAGAACAGCUCAAAUAAGCAAAGAGAAACGAGCGUCCAUCAUUACUUUAAGACAGUCAAUACGGAAAAUGUCAAGAAAUGUGAACGUUUCUUCAAGUGCAGUCGCAAAAACCAUCAAGCGCUAUGAUGGUAGGGAUGUAGCUCAGUUGGUAGAGCAUGGCGUUUGCAACGCCAGGGUUGUGGGUUCGAUUCCCACGGGGGGGCCGGUAUGAAAAAAUUAUGUAUGCACUCACUAACUGUAAGUUGCUCUGGAUAAGAGCGUCUGCUAAAUGACUAAAAUGUAAAAUGUAAAUGUAAUGAAACUGUCUGUCAUGAGGACCACGACUGGAAUGGAAGACCCAGAAUUACCUCUGCUGCAGAGGAUACAUUCAUUAGAGUUAUCAGCCUCAGAAAUCACAGCCCAAAUUGAGUUCAAGUCACAGACACAUCUCAACAUCAACUGUUCAGAGGGGACUGUGUGAAUCAGGCCUUCACCGUCAAAUUGCUGCAAAUAAACCACUACUAAAGGACACCAAUAAGAAGAAGAGACCUGCUUAGGCCAAGAAACACGAGCAAUGGACAUUAGACCAGUGGAAAUGUGUCCUUUGGUCUGGAGUCCAAAUUUGAGAUUUUUGGUUCCAACCGCCGUGUCUUCGUGAGACGCGGUGUGGGUGAACGGAUGAUCUCCACCUGUGUAGUGCCCACCGUAAAGCAUGGAGGAGGAGGUGUUAUGGUGUGGGGGUGCUUUGCUGGUGACAAUGUCUGUGAUUUAUUUAGAAUUCAAGGCACACUUAACCAGCAUGGCUACCACAGCAUUCUGCAGCGAUACGCCAUCCCAUCUGGUUUGGGCUUAGUGGGACUAUCAUUUGUUUUUCAAUAGGACAAUGACCCAACACACCUCCAGGCUGUGUAAGGGCUAUUUUACCAAGAAGGAGAGUGAUGGUGUGCUGCAUCAGAUGACCUGGCCUCCACAAUCACCCGACCUCAACCCAAUUGAGAUGGUUUGGGAUGAGUCGGACGGCAGAGUGAAGGGAAAGCAGCCAACAAGUGCUCAGCAUAUGUGGGAACUCCUUCAAGACUGUUGGAAAAGCAUUCCAGGUGAAGCUGGUUGAGAGAAUGCCAAGAGUGUGCAAAGCUGUCAUCAAGGCAAAGGGUGGCUAUUUGAAGAAUCUCAAAUAUAAAAUAUAUUUUGAUUUGUUUAACACUUUUUUGGUUACUACAUCAUUCCAUGUGUUAUUUCAUAGUUUUGAUGUCUUCACCAUUAUUGUACAAUGUAGAAAAUAGUAAAAAUAAAAAAAAGCCCUUGAAUGAGUAGGUGUGUCCAAACUUUUGACAGGUACUGUACAUACAAAUCGGUCCAAGUUAAAACCUAGGCAACAGUAAAAAAAAAAAAGAUUAUGUUGGAAACUGUUGGAAUACCCGCCCAUAUGACCAUAACGCGCAGGGCGCACGGUGGCCGUAGAUAUAAUUACAGACCUAUUUAAAAAACAACUUAUGUACCUCUAAUAAUUUGAUAUAAAUGAGAUUGGUACAUGUAGAAGUUACAGAAAAUAUAAUGUAUACAUACACUACCGUUCAAAAGUUUGGGGUCACUUAGAAAUGUCCUUGUUUUCGAAAGAAAAGCAUUUUUUUUGCCCAUUAAAAUAACAUCAAAUUGAUCAGAAAUACAGUGUAGACAUUGUUAAUGUUGUAAAUGGCUAUUGUAGCUGGAAACAGUGACAUACACUCCCCUUACAAAGAAAGAUUGCAGUUUUGAAUCUGCAGUAAAAGUGCAGUAACUGCAGUGGACUGUGGUAUUUUGGACGCAGUAACUGCAGAAUAACUGCAGUGUACAUCAGUUACACUGCAAAAUUACUGCAGUAAAAAAACAGUGUUAUUUUGGAUGCAGUAUUUGCAGCAUACUGCAGAUAUACUGCACUCUAACUACAGUUAUACUACAGCAUACUGCAGUUAUACUGCACUCUGACUGCAAUAUUUUUUCGUAAGGGUCUGAAUGAUCUAAAAUGAUAGAUCCCAUAUUGGUCUUUCAGUCAGGCCACCCCAAGCUGUGCUGUGCAGUAGGCUAAUAGUAGGCCUACUAUUGAGACAGAAAUUCACGUUUCAGAUUUUCCCCUAUUUUUCCAGGUUUUCGUUCUUUUCAGAAAAACAACAAAAUGGUAUGUUCUAUGUUCAUAACAAUGCUUAAACCACAUCAGGAGACCACUUUUGAGGUCUGGGGAAAAUAAUAUGCCAUUUAGCAGACGCUUUCAUCCAAAGCGACUUACAGUCAUGUGUGCAUACAUUUUUACGCAUGGGUGGUCCCGGGGAUCGAACCCACUACCCUGGCGUUACAAGCGCCAUGCUCUACCAAUUGAGCUACACUAUUGUUUGAUUAGCAGUGUUUCUGUAGCACAUGAGAUGGAGUUUGCAAAAGAAAUGGCCACUGGAUUGAUGGAAAUAAUCAUCAUGAUAUCAUUCUGACAGGUAGGCAUAGGCUACUUUGUAGCUAGUUAACAUUUAAUAGAGAAGGUUUUUGGGAAAGCCUUUCCAUCUACCAGAAGAUGGUUAGGCCUAUCAUUAGCAUCACUAUAGUUGUCCUGUUCCUUCAUUGUUUGAAACCUGGACGUUUUAAUUCAUAAUAUGAGGCAUGUCUUACCUUGCUUCAAAGUAGCCUAUAGCCAAAAUCCAACCAUAGAAACGUGGAUGGAAUUAUUUUGAUAAAUACUUACUUAUUAUUAUGCGUUCUCCUGUUCUAUUGGUUUAAUUUCAACAUUCUUUAAUUGUCUAGCAGCCAAAGACAUUAUCGUAAUUAUAUUAGCAACCCAUGAUAGUUGUUGCAUCUUUAAAUCCCCCCUCUUUCUAACUGAUAUUUCCAUCUCUGUCAAUGAAACCGCUUGCAUGUGCGGUGCGCAUUUUAGAACGGUGUUUUGGUUCAGAGCUUUAGGAGACAUGGCGGACAAACUGUAAAGCCAAUACAAUUAUCUUCUCAGUAAUAGAUUGUCGAUAUCUCACCGCAUCGUGUUAGUCUUAACAUGUUCGAUACCAAUGUAUCUCAGAGAGCUGAUGUGACGAGCCUCCAUGAAAUGCGCAGCCACGGGUUUCUCUGGUCAGGAGUCCUGAUAUUACUCCUGUGUUCUGCUUUCCUUGUUUUCAGAGCUCGUUUAGUUUUUCCUACAUAGCAUAGACCACCAAUACAUUUGAUCAGGUAUACCACAUUUUUUUGUGGAACACGUAAUGAUGCCCUUAAUCUUAAUGCCCUUGCCCGUGAAAGGGUGAUUGAACAUUGUGCAUUUGUUCGUAAAGUUACACUGAGUAGGCCUACACCCGCCACAUCUGUAAAUACCGUCUGGCAUAUUGUCUAGGAGUGUGCUAAGUGGCACGGGUGGAAAAUCAGACUUCACCACCACUGAUGUUUGGGGCGCGUUAGAAGACUACCCGCGGGGGUUCUUUAAAAGUAUUUUCCAGUUGUGAAUCAGUGCUCAAGAUGUGCCAGUGUUUUUUAAUGAUAUGGUCGAACUGUUUGCGAAGUGGGGAGUAUUGAAGGAAGCAUUGAACUCGUUGGUCAGGGGGGCGGGGUGGUUUGGGCGUGAGGCUGUCAUCCUGGGUCAUAUCUUUGAAACGGUCCCUUGAGUCAUGCAGCCAUUCCUCUGGAUAAUUCCGUUGUCUGAAACGCUCAUCCAGACAGACGGCUUGUUUGUCAUAGUCACUGUGUACUACAGAUCCUACGUAUGCGACUGUAUUAGCUGAUAGGGAGGCUUUUUAUCAGGGGUGUAGGGUGCAGCUAUCUCCGCGUAACAGUGAAUUCCUGUCCGUCGGCUUUCUGUAUAGGGCCGUGCUAAAGCCACCUCCCUCUUUAUCAAAAUGUCCAGAAACUUGUUUAAUGCGCAUCAAAUGUGAGGGUGAAUUUUAGAUAUUCACUGCUUAUAUUGAUGGAGUGGAAUUGAUGAAGUUCCUCUGCUGUACCCUGUAAUGGAAGGAAUAAUGUCAUCAAUGAAACGUUUCCAGAGCUUGAUAUGGCGCAAGAAUGGAUUGUUAGGGCUGAAAAUCAUAUUCUUCUCAAACAACCCAGCAUACAGAUUGGCAUAAUUCGGUGCCAUUUUACUGCCGUGGCAGAUCACUUCUGUUGAAUGAACAUGUAAUUUUCAAACAUGAAAAAGUUCUUAGAACAAUCUCAGCCAGUUCAACAAUACAGGUAGUGCUAGGGAGUGUGCCAGUGGGUUGUUGACUAAGAUAGUGUGCCAUAGCUUCUAGGCCUCCCUGGUGGGGGAUGUUUGUAUACAGGGAUUCAACAUCAAAGCAAGGGUUAGUAUGUAUAGUCAAGCCAGACGAAAACAGUAAAGCUUUAUAAAUCCAUUCAAACCUGCCACUAUGACAGUUGUUGUGAUCACUUACCAUUUCUGCUGGCUCCUCAUGCAGUUUCCAGAGAACCUCAGAACAUGGCCUCUCCUGGACAGUGGUCAGCCCUAUUGUGUUCACCUACAGAGUGAUCCAAUGCCACAACCUGCUGGAUGUUGGGAAUGACACACUGCUAUGUGGUCAUAUAGAGGACCAGGAAGAGCUCAAGGCCUUCAGAAGCAAAACCAAGCCCAUCAAACGCUUCAUUGUCAUCGAUGAGACAGUCAAUCAGCUCUAUGGCUCCCAGGUCACCAGGUAUUUUGAGGCCAGAAAUGUUCUCUAUAGGAUCCUCCCACUGCCCACUACAGAGGAGAACAAGUCCAUGGAGCUCGUGACCAGGAUUCUGGAGGAGGUCCACAAGUUUGGGAUAGACAGGCGCUCUGAGCCCCUCAUUGCUAUUGGAGGAGGGGUGUGUCUGGAUGUGGUGGGCCUAGCUGCUUCUCUCUACCGGAGACGAACCCCAUAUAUCCGUGUCCCGACAACCCUGCUUUCCUACAUUGAUGCCAGUGUGGGGGCCAAAACUGGAGUCAACUUUGCCAAUGGCAAGAACAAGCUGGGGAGUUACAUACCCCCGGUCGCAACAUUUUUAGACCGGACUUUCAUCCGAACUGUUCCUCGCAGGCAGGUUUCUAAUGGAAUGGCAGAAAUGUUAAAGGUACUCAUCAUCGCAGCAUGGGUACAGUAUGCAUGUGGGUUAAAUACGUGAAAGCUCUCUAACACAUUACAAACUGAGCAUGUCAUCUUUUCUAAAAGGACUGAGACUGUUGCUGUGCAUUUCGAGGCAUAUCUGGACAACAGUUGUUUUGGACAAACAUCCCUUAACAGCAAGGUGUGGUUGUAUUUGUUUGCUGUCUAUUACAUGUCUAAUACACUCUACUAAUCACUAUUACUAAUUUACAAAUAUGAAUGAAGAAAGUUAAGCACUUUUUACGAGCCUAAACCACCCCAUUGAUAGUGGCUUACUUCCAAACUCUGAAUGGAGCUAAUAAAUCAGCCAUCAUCCGUUGUGUUUUAGAUGGCUCUGAUGAAACACAGGGGCCUGUUUGAGCUCCUGGAGACUGAAGGCAGGUACCUGCUGGACUCCAGUUUCCAAUCCCGUGACAAGUUCAGUGGCUGCUGUGACCUGGAGGAUGCAGCCUCUUUGUCCACACGGAUUGCCAUAGAAACCAUGCUAGAGGAGUUGGCUCCCAAUCUGUGGGAGGAUGACCUGGACAGACUGGUGGACUUCGGCCAUCUAGUCAGCCCUGAGCUAGAAAUGGUAAAGAUAUGAUCACUGAAUUGAUACUAGUGAACGAUAAAAAAGGUGUAUGGAGAGGAUAUAAAAGGAUGGAGAGGAAGGCAUCAGGGAAGGUGUGAAUGAUCAGAUACAUUUUUGACAAGUGAAGAGACAAUUCGGCAAAUGUGAAUACAGUAUAACUUUACCUUUGGAACUAAACUCUUUAUGCUCCAUUGCAGAAAGUGCUGCCUGCGCUGCUCCACGGGGAGGCAGUGAACAUUGACAUGUCCUUCAUGGUGUACGUGGCCCACCAGAAAGGGCUCCUGACGGGAGAGGAGAAGGCCCGGAUCAGCCGCUGCAUGUUGGGGCUGGAGUUGCCUGUGUGGCACCAGGACUGCACUCUGGCCCUUGUGCAGAAGUCUCUGAGCGAACGACUGAAGCACUCUGCAGGGUCCCUGAGGAUGCCUCUUCCCAAAGGACUGGGCUGUGCAGGUCUGGACAUCUUUCCUUUAAGAACACCAUCAGCCUGCCUUUUUAUAUCAGUCUCAAAACAUUCCUAGAUAUUCCAUACAGUAUGUGUUUUGUAAUUACCUAAACAAGCAAGCUCAUUGACUAUACUGUACAUUCUGUCUCAUCUCUACAGAAAUCUUCCAUGACAUCAGUGAUGAAUUCCUGUGUCAGGCUUUCAAGAGCUGGUGUGAUGAACUUGGUUCUUCUUGACAUCUGGAGAUAACAAUAUCCACACGGAAUACACUGAUGCCAUUAUGAGCUGGUGAAGAUGAAAUACUGUAUUUCAUAUUCAAUAUGUUUCAGUCAACACACAUUACUUGAAGUCUACCAAUACAAUAUUAAUAUAUAUAAUAUACAGUGCCUUCAGA